AUGGUGGAGAAUAAUCGACCUAUUGUUAAUGAAGAUGGAAUCAAGACAUCAUCUGAAGCUAAACUAACACAAUUUAACCACUCCUCACAUCAUCAAAGGCUUCAUCAAAAUAUUAACAAGGGUCUCGGGGAAGAACAACAAUACAAAUUUCCUUCAUCUAUUACACCAGUUCCACUGGCCAAUAUUCAUGCCAAUGCAUCAGCGACUAACUUACUGCUAACUUCAUCAACAUUCUUUAAUUCUUCAAGUGAAUCACUUGGUGGUAGAACCAUUUCGAGAAACUCCUCCAAUACUCUAAAAUCCCUACUAGAAAAUGUUCUCCCUCCAUUCUUUACUCCAUGUGUGCCACCUCAUGCAUCAUUCAAUUACUAUUCAGAACAUUAUUGGGGAGAACAUGCCUUAUCACUAACCUCCUUCUCUCCAAUUCUUCAUUAUGAAAAAAAGUCAUCUCUAACGAUUAUUUGUCGAUACACACCUCAACAAACUAGGAAUUCUUCAAGAAGGGAGAGACCUUCCUCUCAAAAGGAAUUAAUAGAGAAUGAGAUUUAUUGUCUGAAAGUUUCACUGGACAAACCAUCCAUUCCAAAGCUGGAAAGGGAUGCAGAAAUUUCUCGAUUCUUGACCAAUGAAUUUUCUCAAGUGUUGGAUCCAACACAACAGGUUAUUGUCCGUACUAAGGCCUAUUUGUCCGAUUAUUUUAUUCUUGUGAGGGAGUUUAUUGAUUGUGUUUCGUUGAGAUUAUUCAUUGAUCGAUCGAAAACAUACAAUGCUAGAGUAGAACCAAUUACUGAUCAUGAGAAUUUUGAAACCUUAACAAAUGAUACUGUAACACUUCUCAAUGAAGAACAACGAGUGAAAGAAAACAUUACAAUAUUGGAAAGUAAUUUAACACUUGCUAUUUCUAUUUGUAUGAGUGUUGCUCAACUGCAUCACUCAAGAGUUUGUCAUGCUGACAUUAAGCCAGAAAAUAUAAUUGUAGAUGGACCUAAAUGCAAUAUAAGAUUGAUUGAUUUUGGAAAGAGUACAUUCCUCCCUUUGGAGCAUCCAUUUUUAUAUACUGAUAAAAUUAUUGGUAGUCGAAUGUAUUGUGCUCCAGAGGCAACGGGGAAAAUUCCAAAACCAAUAGGUUUCCACACUGAUAUAUAUUCGCUUGGAUUUGUUCUCUUUGAGUUAUUUUCCAAAGAACAUCCAUUUACCAAGUUUAGGGCAGUAGAUUUCGUAUUUCAACAUUUGACUCAACAACCAGAGUCCUUGUUUCAAAAUCUAGCAAGAAGGUCUUUUAUAUCAGCCAAUGAAGGAAACCUAUUCACAGCUGCUACUAGAGCAAUUUCAAGACUUAUUACCAAAGCCAUUCAAAAAUCUAUUGAGAAACGUUAUUUGAGUAUUUUUGGAUUGAAACGAGAUUUGCUCUACAUACAGAAUGCUAUUCAACUAGAAGAUAUGGAAGCUCUUGAAAAUUUUCAAGCUGGUAUGAACGAUGUUCAAACAACUUUAUCCAUACCUUAUGGUGUCUAUGGUAGAGAGGAAAUUUUCGAAAAAUUGAAAUUGAAACUUGAAAAUAUGAUGGAAUCUAGUGAGUCAAUGAUUGUCCUUCUGGGAGGCUAUAGCGGCAUAGGUAAAUCAAGUAUUGUUAAGGAGUUUAGGACAAGAAGUAAAACAGCAAUACAGUUCUUUGAGGCAAAAUACGAUCAACAUAUGAAUAUCCCUUACUAUGCCAUUAUUUCUAUAUGUAAACAAAUUAUUGGCGACGUUCUUGGAGAAUCUGAAUCAGUGAUUAAGGAUUUCAGAUUCCAAUUUGGUACACUUAUCAAUUCAGAUCAAUUAGAAAUGUUGAGUGAUGCAAUUCCUGAUAUGUCAUAUUUAUUUACAACUAAUCUAGCCAAAAAGCAUACCUCCCCAUCAAUGGGAGAUCAGAAUGGAGAGCGUAUGAAGCUCUUUUCACAAGGAAUUAUUCAUCUCUUUAGUUGUUAUACUCAUUUAAAAAAGAAGAGAUUGUGCAUUUUCUUGGAUGACUUGCAGUGGACUGAUUUUGAUAGCAUGAAGCUAUUAAAGGAAAUUCUUGGAACAACUGGUUCUUGCGAUACUGUUCCUCUUUUAAUUAUUGGAGCAUAUAGAAAUAACGAAGUGGGAAAGGAUCAUCCUCUAUUUUACUUUUUAGAAAAUCUCAAACUUAAAGUGAACAUUGAAGAAAUCCAAGUUGUUGAAUUGACACAAGAUCAAUCUAACAUGAUUGUCUCAGAGUCUUUAAAUAGAGCUGAAACAGAAGAACUAACCAAAAUACUCUUCCCUAGGACAAAUGGAAACCCCUUCUUUUUAAAGCAGUUAUUGGCUGGUUUAUUUAAGGAUGGAGCUAUUUAUUUCGAUACUCAAACAGAUACUAUUACAUGGGAUAAAAAGAAAAUAGAAAAUGCAGAAUACAUAUCUGAAAACGUUAUUGACUAUCUCCUUGGACAUUUGGAGAAAUUACCAAAACAAACACAAGAUAUUCUUGCAUUUGCUUCUUGCUUUGGAAAUAAGUUUUCCAAUAAAGACAUGCUCCACCUACUCAAUCAGCAACAAGAAGACAAGAUAGACUUGAUGCAACUAAAAGAAAGAUUGAACUAUGCGGUGAAGGAGGGAUGGAUUUCAAAUAUCAAUUCUGGUCAUUUACGAUUUAAUCAUGAUAGACUCCAACAAGCUGCUUAUGAAUCACUGCCUUUGAAUGAAAGGUUGAGAAUUCACUAUAACUAUGGU